CACCAGUUGUGCGCCAAACAUGGAAGAAGACUACGACGGAGUAACGGAUUCGCCAAAGCGAGGUCCAACGUUGUCCACGUCGACGUCUAGCUUCGAACCGUUCGAUGCACACGAUCCGAACCUGUCCCGCUUGGCAACCAAAAUGUUUCAAAAAACUGGCGAUUAUAUCUCCCACGAGCUAAGCUCCACCGUGGAGGAUUACAAAUUGAUCGAAAACAUGAACAAAGCAAUGAUGGGAAAGGUGUCCGAAAUGAGGCAAAUGUCGGAAUCGAUCGCAGUUAAAAACAGUGAAUUGAAUCAAAAAUAUGAAGAGCUGAAACCUUUACUGAGAAAGGUAGAAGAUAUCGAAACAACAGUGGAUAAGCUAGAAGCUGCGGCAUACCAGCUUGAUGCAUAUACAAUUCGGUUAGAGAAUAAAUUCAAAGCAGUUAAAGCUAAGAAAUAAGUGAAAAAUAUUAUAUGUUUAAGAGCACCUUAGGAAAUACUGUCCUUUAGUAUUAAUUUUAGUUAAACUCAUAAUUUGUAAAAUUUAAAUACACCGAUGUAAAAUAUCGAAUGUACCUAGUGCAAGAAAUUAGAGACGAUUGUAUCAUAAGCUAUUGAUUAAAUGAAUAAA